UUCUUUGUAAAGUUAGAGUCUAUCACAUGGACUUUUGCUUUAUCUUGAAUCCUCAUGAUGCCAGAGAUAAAUGUUGUCAAGCUAAUACAACUUCAGCUUUUCGCUGAGCAACAAUAAAGGCAUUUACAGAGGAAGUGAUAUUUGUGAAUGAACAGUUAUUCAUAGAGAAUAAGGUGCUAAGACCUUCAGCUUUAUUUGCUUCCCUCAAUGCUGAUCAGUCCCGAAGUAAUGUUAUUGAAUGUAGAGUUUUUCAAAGUGGCAUUAGUGGGAAGUUGAUGCAUGACUUCAAGUAAAGUUCCAGAGCUAGUGAACUCAAUGUUUUCAAAUGUCAGUUCAGACAUAUUUAUUGAAAGAUUAGUGUGUAUUGAAACUCCCUUGGUUGAAAUCAGCACUCUCUUUGUGCUAAUUGUACUGUUCAUAUAUUGAAUAGAUUUGAUGGUGAACAACCUUGGCCCAUCUGUAGCAUUUACAAAAGUAUUAAUCUUGAACAAGGAAACAGAAGAGUUUUGUAUAUUAAUAUCUUUUAUCUCUGAUGAGCUCAUCUUUCCAAUGUUUAAUGCUGGAAUGUUUAAAAUUCUGGAGUCACUAUCUAAAGCUUCCACCGAACUUGUAUUUUUAAAUGUCAGAUUGGACAAAGAAAAUGUAGUGGCAAUUUGAAGGUUGAACAAAGAAUUCUCUCUUGCAAACUUUACAUCUGUUAGGAUAGAGUCUUGAAUGGAUACUUUUCCAGCUCCAGCCCGUAUAUCUCAGAAAGGUACAUUGUAGAGCUCUACUGAGUUCAUGAAAAUCCUUUGAAUUAUGAUAUUAGUCAAAGGGCCUGGAGUUAUUUCAAUUGCAGGA